UUAUCCUGGCAUCCAACUAAGGAAGGCUGCUUGGCUUUUGGAACAGAUGAUGGAAAAGUUGGCAUAUUUGACACCUGCUCCAGCAGUGCUAAGAAUAAGCCACCUCAGAUCUCCAGUACCUACCACAAGAAGACUGUAUACACAUUAGCCUGGGGGCCUCCAACUCCUCCUCUGUCAUCUGGAGGAGAAGGCGAACAGCCCUCUGUAACUUUAUAUAGUUGUGCUGGAGAAGGUAUUGUUUUUCAACACAACCCUUGGAAACUUAAUGGAGAGGCAAAUGACAUCAACAGAGUCAUCCGAGACACUAAUUCAAUCAAACACAAACUGCCUGCGCGUACAGAGAUCAGCUGGAAACCAGAUGGUAAACUCUUGGCUCUUGGCAACGAAGAUGGCUCAAUUGAAAUAUUUCAGGCACCAAACUUGAAGUUGCUCUGCACUAUCCAGCAGCAUCAUAAACUGAUUAACGCUAUUCGUUGGCAUCAUGAGCAUGGAAGCCAGCCAGAGCUGAGUUACUUGAUAGCUUCAGGCUCAAUCAAUGCCACUAUUUACGUGCAUAAUCUGAAGAGUGUCAUAGAGAGCACUUCAGAAAGUCCUUUAACAAUAACAGAGCCUUUUCGAACUCUGGCCGGGCACACAGCUAAAAUCACAAGUCUUUCUUGGAGCCCCCACCAUGAGGGAAGAUUGGUGUCUGCUUGCUAUGAUGGUACUGCACAGGUAUGGGAUGUUAUGAAGGAAGAACCACUCUGCAACUACCGAGGGCACCAGGGCCGGCUACUGAGUGUCCAGUGGUCACCAGUGGAUUCAGAUGCUGUUUAUACAGGAGCAGACGAUUUUUCUGUUCACAAAUGGCAGAUCUCAAAGCAAGAGCAUACACGGCCUCCUCAGGGCAAAAAGAGUAUAGAACUGGAGAAAAAAAGAAGUAUGCAACCAAAAGUCAAAACCAAGAAGAAGAAAAAGUCUAUAGAAAAGAGUCCAGCCAAGCAGGAUCUAAGUGAUGGCAUGAACGGAGAUGAAAACAUGAAGGAAAUGUUGCUAGAGGAAAAUGGAGUGUCGAACCACGAAGGAGAAAAAGAAGCUCAGGAGGCAGAGUUCACUGAUAAAGUCUCCAUGACCGUGUCCAAGGAUACGUCUUCAACUGCAUAUAAUUACUCAUCAUUCAGUUUGCCAAAGCCUUUUGCGACCCAGAAAGCCACUCCUGUGAAAAAGGAUCCACCUAAAGAGAAACCAGCUCCUGAUGCCUCUCUGAAGAAGAGGAAGCCUCGUUCUAUUCUACCCUUCAGCACAUUCAUGGAUCACAGAUCCAAAGAUGAAUUGCAUCAGGAUUGCUUGAGGUUGGCUACAUGUCUGAAAACCAAAGAUAAUAAUGAAGAUGUGUCCCCUGACCUCAAGGAUCGCAUCCACUUGGGACUCUUCGCAGACAGGGCUUCUCUGCACGAGAUGAUUGAUGUGGAAGGAAAACAUCACUUGGAGAACGGGCAUCCAGAGCUCUUUCAGCAGCUCAUGUUGUGGAAAGGAGAUAUGAAGGGUGUCCUCCAGGCAGCUGCUGAGAGGGGAGAGCUGACAGACCAGCUGGUAGCCAUCUCCCCCAUGGUUGGAUAUCAGGCUUGGGUGUGGACAGUGGAAGCCUUUGCGAAGCAGCUGUGUUUUCAGGAGCAGUAUGUGAAGGCUGCCUCCCAUCUCCUGUCCAUCCAUAAAGUGUAUGAGGCUGUCGAGCUCCUGAAAGUGAACAAUUUUUACAGGGAAGCAAUCGUAAUUGCUAAGGCCAGGUUGCGUCCAGAAGAUCCAAUUCUGAAGGAUCUCUACACCAGCUGGGCAGCUCUGUUAGAGAAAGAUGGCCAUUAUUCCAUGGCUGCCAAAUGUUAUUUAGGAGCUUCCUCGCCCUAUGAUGCAGUUAAAGUGCUGGCAAAAAAGGGGGAUGUGACAUCCCUUAAAACUGCUGCUGAGCUGGCGCUGAUAUCUGGAGAGGAGGAGUUGUCAGCAACUUUGUCUUUCAGAUGUGCCCAGGACAUGCUGUUAUCCAGGAACUGGGUGGGAGCUCAGGAAGUCCUUCAGCAACAUAAAACUUUGUUUGGACAAAGACUCGUUUUCUGCCUUAACGAACUGCUUUGCAAGUGCCUUAGUGAAAGAAAUCCCUGUGGCCGAAAGAGCCCCGUGCCUCCCUGUUACAACAGCUGGGAGCUGAACAGAGAGGCCUCGUUUUUUGAGGCAGUGAUAGAAGUGUGGCAGAAUGCAUUGGGCAUGGACACCACCGAACAAGCUACGCGUGCAUGGGAGCAGCUGCGCAGUGUUGAGCAUCCUCCUUCUACCAGCAACACGCACCCAAAGCAGGUGCUUCUCCAUAUCUCGCAUGAUCUGACCCUUGCAGCCCUGAGCUAUCAGACUGCUUCAUGGGAUGAGGCAGUGAAAAGUAUUCUCAGAGCUGUGACCCGCAGUUACGAUGCUGGUAAUUUCACUCUGAUGCAAGACAUUUGCAGUAUCAUCCUCCCUGAAGGCUGUGAUAACCUGAGAGAGAAAUUGGACAGCACAAAUUCUGAAAGCAUGGACACUUGCAGAAGUUUAGAGAGCUUUGUGGCUUACAGACUGCUGUAUGACCUGUGGUGGAACCCACCCAAAGAUGCCCUUCUCUUGCAAAAGGCUGGUUUGGAUCCUGUGCUGUGUCCCAGUGAGCAGACAGGUCUUGAGAAGAGCUGCAUUUCAGGUCAGUCCUCUGAAGAAACUCCUGACCAGACUGCAGUUGAGAUGGAUGAAAACCUCUGCAAUACAACUGAAGUUCUUAGGUGCGAGACACAAAGCAACUCAAGAACUUGCUCCAUUGAUUUGGUAGACAGACAGACAAAACUGAAUGCCUGCAAAGUGCUGCUUUCAGAAGAGAUUGCUGCUUUACAGAACACCCAGAGAGAUAUAGCUGAGGUCCAGGAGAUUUUAGCAGAUAUGAUCCGCCAGCAUCAGCAGCAGAGGAACAGUCUCCAGGAAAACACAAAUGGAAGCACCCAGGAAAGCAACCUGCAGCAGAGUUCAGAGACUGAAGCAGACAAACCAUGCUCUGAUAGCAACCAGAUGAAUUGUAAAGAUGAAGCAAAGGAACCAAUUACACUCCCAGAGCUAACGAAGCAGCUUCUAAAAGCAAAGCAGAAACUAGCAGAAUUUCCAGACAAUUUGAAGGUCUUCCCGUUCCCCGACGUGCUGGAGUGCUGCCUUGUACUCCUUCACAUUGGAUCCCAGUGUCCCCCAGAACUACACAAACAGGCAUUGGAUCUCCUGAGGAAACACGGUGGUGCUCAUCGUUACGAAAAGGCUGGCAGGAGGUUCUUGACGUGA